UUGUAACUUAUGCAAUAACCUCUCAAUUGCAAGUUAAUCAAGGAGAGUUAGAUCAUAAAUUACUUAAGAUCUUAACUAGGUAGCCAGAUAUGGCAGAACAGUCGAAUUGCGCGGCGUUGAGCCUAGUGCUGAUUAAGAUCAGACCAUAUCUGGCUAUGGUCUCUCUGCAGUUUGGUUAUGCAGGGAUGUAUAUUAUCACUAUGCUUUCGUUUAAAAGUGGCAUGAGCCAUUGGGUUCUUGUUGUUUAUAGGCAUUUGGUUGCAGCCAUUGCUAUUGCUCCUUUUGCGCUUGUUUUUGAAAGGAAAAUAAGGCCAAAGUUGACACUCUCUGUUUUCAUCAAAGUGAUGCUGCUUGGCUUAUUGGAGCCAGUGAUAGAUCAAAAUCUGUACUAUGUGGGAAUGACGUAUACAUCUGCAACAUUUACGGCUGCCAUGGUCAAUGCCCUUCCCGCUCUUACCUUUGUCAUGGCUAUUGCUUUCAGAAUGGAGAGAGUAAACCUGAAGCAGAAACAUGGACUAGCCAAGGUGAUUGGAACAUGUAUAACACUUUGCGGAGCAAUGGUGAUGACUUUGUAUAAAGGCCCAAUUGUCAAUAUGUUUGGAUCCCACCAAGUGAACCUCCAUAGCUCUAGCUCUGCUUCUGCUGGUGCUCAGCAGCAUUGGGUUGCCGGGACAGUAAUGCUUCUUUUCAGUGUCAUCGGGUGGUCAGCUUUCUUCAUCGUUCAAUCAAUUACCUUGAAGGAGUAUCCAGCAGAACUGUCAUUGACAGCAUUGAUAUGUGUGAUGGGAACGGUGGAAGGUGGGAUCGUGGCACUUAUAAUGGAACGCAACAAUAUGAGUGCUUGGAUUGUUGGUUUCGACUCCAGAUUGUUUGCUGCUGUUUAUUCUGGUAUAGUCUGCUCAGGAAUUGCGUAUUAUGUUCAAGGUUUUGUAAACAAGAUUCGAGGUCCUGUCUUUGUCACAGCUUUUAGCCCUCUUUCCAUGAUCAUCACUGCUAUUCUUGGAGCUAUAGUACUAGGAGAGCUACUUCACCUCGGAACUUUGAUUGGAGCUAUAAUUGUUGUCACUGGCCUUUACUCGGUUGUUUGGGGAAAAAGCAAAGACGAAAACUUGGUAACUGAAAAAGGCAAAGCUAUGGAGUUGCCAGAGGUGUGGGAGGAUGUUAGCAGACCAGGGAAUUUUGUUGAUGAUGUUAUUAAUGGACACCCUGGAAAACCAAACUUUGCAGUGAAACAUCUUCAUCCCGAAGAACCUUGAGUUAUGAAGAACAUUUCCGUCUUGAAAACUUUCUUGUAAUCUGUAAUUGAAUUUGUGAUGUGCUUUUCACUUAUUUGAUGUACCACAACUUUGAAUAUUUGCUUGGGUAAUAAAAGCAUUAUGAUUUCUGUA